AUGAGCGCGGCUCAGCCGAACGAAGCUGAGAAGAACAUCGAAAUAUGGAAGGUGAAGAAGCUUAUCAAGCGCCUUGAGGCUGCUAGGGGAAAUGGAACCUCGAUGAUUUCUCUUAUCAUUCCCCCCAAAGAUCAAGUCUCCCGAGCGGCAAAGAUGUUAGCUGAAGAAUUUGGUACCGCUUCCAACAUUAAAUCUCGCGUCAACCGCCUCUCUGUCCUUUCAGCCAUCACUUCUACACAGCAACGUCUUAAGCUGUAUAACAAGGUUCCUCCAAAUGGCCUGGUGAUCUACUGUGGUGAAAUUAUCACGUCAGAAGGCAAGGAACGAAAGAUCAACAUUGACUUCGAGCCAUUUAAACCUAUCAAUACCUCGCUCUAUCUUUGUGACAACAAGUUUCAUACAGAAGCUUUGAGUGAGCUCCUUGAGUCGGAUCAGAAGUUUGGCUUCAUUGUAAUGGAUGGAAACGGCGCCCUCUUCGGCACACUGAGCGGAAAUACCCGAGAAGUCAUUCAGAAGCUAAGCGUUGAUUUGCCCAAGAAACACGGUCGUGGUGGUCAGUCCGCGUUGCGUUUUGCCCGUCUGCGUGAGGAAAAGCGUCAUAACUAUGUGCGCAAAAUUGCCGAACUGGCUGUCCAAAACUUCAUCACGAACGACAAAGUGAACGUUGCGGGCCUGAUUUUAGCAGGUUCUGCUGAUUUCAAAAAUGACCUCAACCAGUCAGAUAUGUUCGAUCAGCGUUUGCAAGCCAAGGUCAUCAAAGUCGUGGAUGUCUCUUACGGCGGAGAAAAUGGUUUCAACCAAGCUAUUGAACUCUCCUCGGAGACUUUGAGCAAUGUCAAGUUUGUGCAGGAGAAGAAACUGAUUGGCCAGUACUUCCAGGAAAUCAGUCAAGAUACUGGAAAGGUCUGCUAUGGUAUUGAUGACACUUUGAAGGCGUUGGAACUCGGUGCCGCAGAGACCCUCAUCGUUUAUGAGAACCUCGACGUGACUCGAUAUGUUCUCAAGACGUCAACUGGCUCCGAAGUCAUCGUCCAUGCCACCAAAGCUCAAGAAGAGAACAGAGCGUUGUUCACCGACAAAGAGACUGGCACUGAGAUGGAAGUUGUUGAGCAGACUUCGUUCCUCGAGUGGCUUGCCGAGAACUACAAAGAUUUUGGUGCUACGCUGGAGUUUGUUUCAGAUAAGUCCAGUGAAGGAAACCAGUUUGUGAAGGGAUUUGGUGGAAUUGGAGCACUCUUGCGGUACAAGGUCAACUUCGAACAGCUGGCCGAUCUUGAUGACGAAGAUGAAUUUUACGACGAGAGCGAGGAUGAACGGCCAGAAGUUUCCAAUAUGGAUCUUUUGACGGCUCGCCCUGUUGUUCGUGAAGGUGGCUUUCAUGGUGAACCCGUGGCUACUUUGGCACGUACCGCGCUGUGGUCUGGACAAAACUCUAUAAAGCUGCUCAGAGGAACCGAGUCUGACAACAACGCAUCAGGGCCAUCCAAGCUUCGUAACAUGGUCACUGAGUCUACCUAG